AUGGUCACCAGCCUGUUGCGGGACUGGUGCCAGGGCCUGCAUGUGGACGCGCACCGGGCCCUGCUGGUCACCGGCAUCCGGGACGGCCUGGAUCGGAAGGCCAUCGAAGCCGUCUCACCGGCCUUCCUGCCCCUGGGCACCUUCAGGCUGUGGAACACCCGGGCGGCGAGGGAAAACAAGGCCAAGGCGGCCCUGGUGGAGUUUGUGGAGGACAUCAACCCCAGCGCGCGACCCCAGAGAAAUCCCGGGCACCCACGGCGCCGGAGGGUUGUGUGUCAGGACCCCGCCUAUGACACAGGAGUCCUGAGGCAGAUGAGACGCCUCCUGCUGGAUGAGGGGCCCCGACAGACCGCAGCCCGGGGGGCCCCUGGGGACAGUGUCCCGUCUGCGGCCUCGGCCUCCUCGGAGACCCGGAGACCCGGCCCAGGGCGCAGAGCCCGCCGCCAGGAAGGCUGGUCCCCUGCGAGGAGGGGCCGCCAGGGGCGCAGAAACAGAGGCAGAGGCAGCAGGGGGUCCCAGGGGGGCAGGCAGGCGGAGCGGAGAGGGCGGCCCACCGACGCCAGGCGGGAGUCGGACGCCUCGGACGCCUCUGCCCAGGGCAGCCUGGGGGUCGUGCUGCAGGGGCCGGAGCAGGGCGACCCGAGCCAGGGCGCCGCCGAGGCUCCGAGCGCGCUGUCCGCCGCGCUGCACGAGGAGCCCCCGGGGCGGGAGGCCGUCGGCCCGGACGGCGGCCCAGAAGCCCCGAGACGCCGCGUCCCGGACCUGGUGGCCCUGCUUGCCGUGCGAGCCGCGGGGGACGAGGAGCCCGCCGACGGCGACGCUGCGGACGGCCCGCCGCGGCCACACCGGGAGCCCGGCGACGAGGGGCUGGAGCACCCCGAGUUCGUGGCCAUCGUGGCCUCCACGGACCCGUCGGACCCAUCGGCGGAGGAGCUGCAGAAGAUCGCGGCGGUGAGGGAGGUCCUGGGCUGGAGCAGCGAGACAGAGCGGACGGAUGCGCUCCCCGAGGUCCUCCGCGUCAUGGCCCGGGACGCCGGGGGAGCCCGCGUGCAGGUGGAGGACGCAGGCCGCCGGGUGGACGCCGUGGCGCUGCGGGAGGCCACGCGCGACGGGAGCCUGCGGGAGUGCCUCUGCUCCCUGGCCGCGCCCGGGCCGCGCUCCCGCUCCCGGGGCCAGAGGGCGCCGCGUGGCCUCCCGGCGGGCUGGGCGGACGGCGAGGGGCACCUCCUGGAGCUCGUGGCGCUGCUGGCCGCGAGGGACGCGGCGGGGGUGACGCGGGAGGCCCGGGAAGGCGGCCGCGAAGGCGGGAGGCGGCGGCGCCGAGGCGGGCUGGGCGAGGUCCUGGCGCUGCUGGCUGCGGGGGGGCCGUGCGGGGGCGCAGCGCGGGGAGCCGGGGCGCGGGCCGCGGGCGUGCAGGGAGCCGCGGGCGGAGCGGGCCCCCGCGGCCUCCAGGUCCCAGCGCCAGGCGGGCGCGGGCCCCUUCCCAUCGGGCUCGGGCGGACGCGGAGCGGGAGGCGGGGGCGGAGGCCGAGCGGAAGGGCCGUCACUCCGGCCACGCGCGCCCACGACCAGGCGGCCGCGCCCCGGCAAAGAAGGGGCGCGCGGGCGCCGGGGCCCACGGCUCGGAGUCCGCCCGGGGCAGGAAGGCUGGGCGCGGCGGGGGCAGCCCCCCAGGUGCCGCUAGGGGAGCUCGGAGCCGCGCGGACGACGCACCCGGGGCGCUGUCCCCCGUCUCCUGCGCCGGGGCGGCCUCCCCGCGUCACCGCCGGCCUCCCCGCGCCUGUCAGUCCCCGCCUCGCAGGUGGCGGGAGCGACCCGGGGAAGUACAGAGAUGCGGGCGCCUCCGGCCCGCCGCGGCCCCAGGUGACGGGACGGGGUCUCGGGGCUCACCCCGUGGGCUGA